ACUCUCUCUCUCUCCGAUCAAAUGCCCUUGCAAAACCCCAAUCCUCCACUGAAUUAGGGUUUCUCUCCGACCACCGCCGCAUCCGAUGGCCGAGUCCGCCUUGCUACUCGUCGCCAAAAUCGGCAACCAGCUCCGCCGUCAGACCCGCCCCAACAAGGAUUCCGUCGUCAAAUCCCUCCGAGAAGCUACAGCCGCUUUCGCCGAGAUAGAGCAGCCUUCAGGCUCCAACAAGAAGGAUGCUACUCGGAAACUAGAGGCGGCGAUUGAGCCUCUGAAGGAAACCAUUGUUAAAGGCUUGCUCCGCCACCGGGAUAAGGAUGUGAGGCUUUUAGUGGCCAUCUGCGCCACUGAGAUUAUGAGGCUCAUGUCGCCGGAGCCGCCUUUUGAGGAUAAAGAUCUCAGAGAUGUGUUUAAGCUACUUGUGAGUGUGUUUGCUGAGCUAGGUGAUACCGCAAACUCGCUGUUUUCGAGGAGGGCUAAGAUUGUGGAGAUUGUUGCCAAGUUGAAAUGUUGUGUGAUCAUGUUGGACAUUGAGUUUGUUUAUGUUUUGAAAUUUCUUUCUUUACCUUCUAGCUGAUGUUUCAGGCUCCAUUAAAA